GCGAUUGUAUAAAUGUACUCCUCUUUCUGGUAUUCGGUCCAGAAACGCUGCGAACCCACUCUCUUAACUGCAUAUCAAGCCAUAAACUACAAUUAGAUCCUAGAAAGAUAGCUGAUAUAGUAUUUUGUGCGCUGCGCAAUACGAUCUCCUAAACUCUAACUGUUCUUCAUUUCAUUUCUUUUUUAAGUUUUAAAUUAAGUAAUUUUGUAUAAAUGUUUAUUUCGACGUUUUUGUUGCAAUAAUCAGAUGUUUUGUAUUAUUUCUUGUUGUGUGAAUUUAAAGUUUAAUGUGUCUAAUUUUUAACUUCCCGACCUAGUUCCAAGCAAACAAUGUUUACCGCCGCUACACUGAACGUUCUACGUAUUUCGCACUUCAUCUUAUAGAACAUUUUUGUCUGUCUAUGGUCUAAGAGCACAAGUCCUUCUAAUAUUCUAAAGACUCGAGGCAUUACACCUAUCUUUGCGUAGGUAAGGACUUCUCAUAAAAACCGUACUUGAUAAAAGUUGGACAGAAUCGAUAAAAGUCGGGCUUAUCUUAUAUAAUUAUGUAUUUAUUCCGUUCACUGCAUAUUAUUCUUAGUCAAUAAUUUAGUCAAACUAACAACGAACCCUUCAUACUAAAUGGUAUAUUUAAUAACAUUCUCAUACCAAGAUUUCAAGUCCGUGUUACAUCAAACUUUUUGAUACAAAAUUUAGCAAAUGUCUUUCUUUUUUUCUACAUCUGUCCCAACAGUUCUGUUAGAAAGCAAAAUAACAAUGAGGGAAGGAGUAAGUAAGAACAUUGCCUACAUUUAGGCGUACUGCUACAUUGAAAUUAACUUAAUGUUGAAUAUCUAUCUGACGUUCAGCAGUUGUCCGUGCGGGUCAUAGCUGGAGUAAAAAUUGAGAUAUGUUAACUAAAUGUUGAUAAUUGGGAUUAUGCAAAACGGACACGGCAGUACCAACUGUCUAUAAAACCUCAGCAUCCCCUCGACCAAUUUUAACCAAAUUUGGUAAAUGUUAGCUACAUUCUUAUAAUGUAGCAUAAAAAUGGGCGCACGCAUGCUUUUCGUUUAACUCACCGCAAUUUCGAGCAGAUUCCUCAACUUUGUAAUACAAAAAGUUUUAUUGGAGAUGAUAGAACUAAAAUAGUUAUGUCAAGGUGUGACAAGUUUCUUGCAAAAAAUAUUGAUUUCAGACUGUACCUUCUCAAGCCACAGAUAUCUAAAGUAAAAAGCAAUUAAUCUAUAUCUGGAUUUAUAAAGAAAAUAUCGGCGAAUUCGUAAGAUGUAUCCAUGAAACUAUAUUUUUCUGUGAUUGAUAGGUAUUUAUCUUAAAACCCUUAAACUUGUUAUAACGAUUUUCGAACUACUAUUGAUCUUAUGUCGUAUACUAUAUCUAGCAUUACAAAAAAAUCUUCACAAAGUCAAGGAAAAGUAAAAUCUUAAAUAUAUCGGUUGGUGCCGAGAAUAAGUAAAUUCGAACCACUCUAGUGCUCAUACACAACUUAUAAUGUUUAUUUUUACUUAGUGAUUUUUAUAGUGGAUACUCGUACAUAGGUCAAUAAUGUGUUAUCUUACCAAUAACGGGUGAUCCAAGUAGAGGUACUUUUUUUAAUAGGCUUUUUUGACAGAUCACGUAACAUGUGGACGAAGAGCAAUCUGAAGAGAUUGAAGAGCUGCUUUUUCAUUCUGAAAAAACAACGGUUUGAUGGGGUUUAUAGGCUGGUGGAUCGCCAUCGGUGAGAAUGCGAACGUUAUCGCACCAUGUUUACCGACUAAUUGAUGCCUGAAAUUGUAGCUCGUGAUCUUGGCGAUAAUCUCUUGUAAAUAUUUCCACGUUUUAGGUCGGUCAAUUGACCACACAGAUCGUGUGUUAUCACACCGUUAGACUUUUUUCUGAGGGAAUAUGUAAAGUCUAAAGUCUAUGUCGAGAAUCCCACUUCGAUUCAGGCCUUGGAGCGAAACAUCGCGUAUGUCAAUCAGCAGUUACCAGUCGAAAUGCUCGAAAGAGUCAACGAAAGUUGGACUCAACGGAUGAACCAUCUGAGUCGUAGCCGCGGCCAGCAUUUGAAAGAGGUAAUCUUGAAAACAUAAAUGCCAAUGAAUAUUCUUUCGAAUGAUGACAAACAUUCUCCAUUAAAUUUGAAGUUUCAGUGUUUUUUCUUUAAAAAGGUACCCUUCAUUCUUCUAAAUGGAUCACCCUUUAAAUAUAAAAAAGAAGUUCAAAGUGCUAUGAAAUGUUGAAAUUCACAGGAAAUUUUUUACUCUGCUUAAAAAGGAAUUCUCACUCCAUAAAUAAAGGAGAGUGCACUACUUAACCUAUAAAGGCCUGGCUCUCAUUCAGCAUAAUCCUACCUACCUACAUACAAAGGGCUGCCACUAAAUUUUUAUACAUUUUUUGUUAAGAAUCAGAUUAAAUUUUGGUAGACAAUUUUCUAGCGAAAUGUCUUCGUGUAUUUCUAAGAGUCUAUGUUUUUUUACAUGCCUUAAGGAUAAUUGGUACAAAAGCGAGCAAAUUUCAUAAUGUUCAAAGUUUCGAAAGCAAAGAGUAGUUCUAGUAGCUUUAAAGCUAUCAUGGGCAUUGACUUUGAAAACGUGAGUGAGACUUAAUAAAUCGUACCAAAGUGGCAACGCUAAGUUAAACUUCAGAGAGCGCUGAGAAAUUCUUUCGGUGACAGAGCGGAAGUGCAGUUAGUUUGUUUCAACAGGUUAAUGUGAAAUAGCUGUAAUGGAAAUGAUUGCUUUCACUGUUCACAUAUGAACAAAAUUAUUGGACGUCUGCCUGCAAACACAUAUUCAUAGUCACUCAGAAAUUUAGUCUAGCACUGUUCUAAAAAAGUACCUAAUAAUGUCUAAUCACUCUAAUUCGUCAAGAGACGUCUGCAACUGCAGGUUUUACAAUCAAAGCGGCAUUGAAGUGCCGACACAUAUAUUCGCAGAAGACCUGCUGCCAGGCCGUCCUAUAAUAGAAGAUCUUCCAUUUAGACAUCGACUAUUGCUAUACCCGAAAUACGACAACGAAAUCAAUCCGGAGGAGGGCAAAUCUCGCGCUGAAAAAAGUAUGGAAUAUAAUGAAGUAGACGAGCAGAGAAGAAAGGAUGGCAGAACAUUCAUGCAUAUUGGACCGAAUGGCACCCUCAUAUCGAAGUUAGAAUUCUACACUAUUCUAUGGGAUUCAUUGGAGGCCUGCACACAAUCACUCUUGACGAUAUUAUUCGAUUAUGAUACGCUGGCAACACACUCGGUGCCCGGCAAACUAUCGUCGAAACAUCAACAACCGAGCGGUAUACCCAAGCUGCCACUGGAUCCAUUGCAAAUCAAAGAUAUUAUAUUUUUUGUGAAGAAACGCUUUCAAUGCAAGGAAAGAGAAGUUCGUAAGGCGAUCAUCAAAAAAUGCAUGAACGUGGCAGAGGCGGGGUACCGCUCUAAGUGGUUGGGACUAUACCCAUCAGUUUAAUAGAACUAACUUAACGUAAUGUCAUUUAUGGAAAUAAUCCUUGUGUGGCAACUGUGCGUGCAAAGGACUAACUUUUCAUAGUUGGUUUUACUAGCAAAAUUUCUUCUGACGAGUUCAUUUACCCAAGUAAAUUGUUAUUCUAAAAUAUUCGCCGGAAAAUUUUUAAAAAUAUUUCAUGAGUUCAGAUUUGUAGAAAAAUUAUUUUUGAAACAAAGUAACAAUAAAUACGGGACAGACCGAUCAUUAAGUAAAAUUAAAGCAAA